GACCGUAACGCCCACUGCCAGUUAUUGCAAACUAGUUUUAAAGAAGACAUCAAUUUUCAAUUUAGCACAUGGUUAAAACGUGUUGAGAUAUUUUAUUACACUAAAAUAAGCAUUUGAUUUGUUAAACAAAUAUGUCAGUACCUAAUAAAGUUUUAAUGCGAAAAAUUAAGAAAAAAGAAAGGAAGAAACUUGAAGUAUUGAAAGAACGGGAGAAGCAAGUACAAGGUGAAGCCCCAAUUGAAAAUUUGGAAGAUGAUAUUCAAGAAAAUGAGAUAGAUGUUAUAAAUGAAUCGAAACGACGUCACUCACAAGAAAGUGUGCCAGUGAAAAAGAAAAGAAAAAAAGACGAAGAUGAUCAAAUAUCACAAGAAAACAAUACUAAUAGUAUAGAUGAAAAUUUACCUGGAUCUGCAAUGGGUCUAACGAUAGCAAAUGAUACAAAUUUUAAGGUAUUAGCAGAAUCUGUUUGUGAAAAUACUUUAAAAGCAAUACAAGACAUGGGUUUUACAAACAUGACAGAAAUACAAGCAAAAGCUAUUCCUCCUUUACUAGAAGGAAGAGAUCUAGUGGGUUCUGCAAAAACAGGAUCUGGGAAAACUUUAGCAUUUUUAAUACCUGCUGUUGAAUUAAUUUAUAAAUUGAAAUUUAUGCCUCGCAAUGGCACAGGUUGUAUUAUUAUAUCUCCAACACGAGAGUUGUCUAUGCAAACAUUUGGAGUUUUAAAAGAACUAAUGAAAUAUCAUUACCAUACAUAUGGUUUACUAAUGGGGGGUGCUAAUAGACAGACUGAAGCUCAAAAACUUGCAAAAGGAAUUAAUAUUAUCGUAGCUACCCCUGGUAGAUUAUUGGAUCAUCUACAAAAUACAGCAGACUUUUUGUAUAAAAAUCUUCAAUGUCUGGUUAUUGAUGAAGCUGAUCGUAUCUUAGAUAUUGGUUUUGAAGAAGAACUGAAACAAAUUAUUAACAUUUUACCAAAAAAGAGAUUAACAAUGUUGUUCAGUGCAACACAAACCAAGCGAACGGAAAUGUUAACAACUUUAGCUUUAAAAAAAGAACCAGUUUAUGUUGGUGUUGAUGAUGAUAAGGAAAAGGCAACAGUAGAAGGUUUAGAACAGGGUUAUGUUGUGUGUCCCAGUGAAAAGAGAUUUUUACUUUUAUUUACUUUUUUAAAAAAGAACAGAAAGAAAAAGGUUAUGGUUUUCUUCAGUUCGUGCAUGUCAGUCAAAUAUCACCAUGAGCUACUAAAUUACAUUGAUUUGCCAGUAUUAAGCAUACAUGGGAAACAGAAACAAACGAAGAGAACAACAACAUUUUUCCAAUUCUGUAAUGCAUCUUCUGGUAUACUCCUUUGUACUGAUGUGGCUGCUCGUGGUCUUGAUAUACCAGCUGUUGAUUGGAUUGUACAAUAUGAUCCUCCAGAUGAUCCUAAGGAAUAUAUUCAUCGUGUUGGUAGAACAGCUCGAGGAGAAGGUAGUAGCGGUCAUGCGUUACUAAUUUUAAGGCCAGAGGAACUUGGUUUCCUCCGUUAUCUUAAACAGGCUAGAGUACCUGUAAACGAAUUUGAUUUUUCAUGGAAUAAAAUUGCUGAUAUACAAUUACAGCUUGAAAAAUUGGUUUCGAAGAAUUAUUUUUUAAAUAUGUCAGCAAAAGAAGCCUUCAAAGCAUAUGUGAGAGCAUAUGAUUCUCAUCAUUUGAAACAAAUUUUUGACAUUGAAACCGUGGACUUAUCGAAGGUCGCAAAAUCUUUUGGGUUCGUGGUUCCACCAGCUGUGGAUUUGAAAGUGGGAAUAAGUAAAAAUUCCCGACCACGAAAAAAAUUAGGUGGAGGUUAUGGAUACUCUAAAUUUAAAUCACGGUCUAACUUUUAAACUGAUUAUCUUAUAUAAAAUGCAAAAUACAAUUUACCUAAUUUUAUGAAGAAAUAAGAUAUAUUUCAUAAAACAUAAUUCUUUAUUUACCUUUUUAAGGUAUUGUACAAUAUGCAAGAUUUGUAUAAAAUAUUACAAAAUUUAUAAAUAAGACAUGUGUGGAUA